AACUUGGUUAACAACAAAAUCUUGUCCUGUUAUUGUUUAGGCUGGAUUCUUAUUGAUCGCUGUGGAAAGCACUUUUCCCUUAUUUUGAACUUCUUGCGUGAUGGUACUGUACCAUUACCACAGAAUGAGGUAGAGCUGCAAGAAAUCUUGAUAGAGGCCAAGUAUUAUCUGAUUGAGUCACUAGCAGAACUUUGUGAGAAAGCACUCGAGAAGAAAAAGGAAGAGCAUGACCCUAUCUGUCGUGUUCCUCUUAUAACGUCUUCCAAGGAAGAAAGACAGCUUGUCACUGGUAAAAAGCCAGUGGUCAAACUUUCAUAUAACAGAUCAAAUAACAAAUACUCCUACACUGGUCAGUCAGACGACAAUCUGUUAAAAAAUAUCGAACUCUUCGACAAGCUAUCGCUCCGCUUCAAUGGACGCAUACUCUUUAUCAAAGACUUGAUCGGUAACAAUGAAAUCUGCUGUUGGACUUUUUACGGCAACGGCAAGAAACUUGCAGAAGUCUGUUGCACGUCGAUUGUCUACGCCACGGAAAAACCGCAAACAAAAGUGGAAUUCCCGGACUCGAGAAUUUACGAGGAGUCACUGAACGUUCUUUUGUACGAGCACAGAGGGACCGGGAACCUACCCGACGCCGAACUUCUCAGCGCGACUCGUAGAGCCGUCGGGCCACGAGUGAUUCCGGAAAGCGACGAAGAACCGUCCAGAAGGCAAGACAAAAACCGAUGAAGAAAGAGAGAGAGCUUGAAUUGAAUCGUCAUUUGGAUUUGUGGGAUUUGCGGUUGUGUAGUUCUACCUAUGUAUCAGAAUCUGUUAAGCUCGGUGUUAGACUUCGAGUAGUUCGUCUUUUGCUUUAUAGUCCCUCGAGCGAGACCAUAUAUAAACGGCAAGGGAAAAAAUGGCCGCGCGAAAUCGGCCGUUUUCUUUCUCGCGGUUUUCUUUCGCGCCAGGCGGCGAAAGAGGGGCUACUCGUAGUCUAGCUCGAUUUUGAAGGGCACUGAUUCCUGCACGGAGGCUGUUUGUAGUAUUUCGCCAGUAUGAAUUUUCAGUGAAUUAAAAAGAUUGAUAUA